AAGACGACGACGCGUGCCUCUAAAUCUGAAUCGCCCAUAACUUAAACCUAGUAGUUACAAAUGAGCAUGAAAAAUAUCGCCCAUUACUAGCGUCAACAUGAAGAAGAGCUCUUUACGUUUCAUCAUCCUUUAUUUGUGCAUCAACAACAGUGUUGUGACAGAUGAGUCAGUGUCAGUGAUUGAGGGAGAUUCUGUUACUUUACACACUAAUACUGAAAUACAGAAAGAAGAUCUGAUCGAGUGGAGGUUUGGAAAUGAACAGGAUCGCAUAGCUAAACUCAACAGACCAGCCAAUAAUUCAGUCACAAUAUAUGAUGAUGUUCUUGAUGGGAGAUUCAGAGACAGACUGCAGAUGGAUAAUGAGACAGGAGAUCUCACCAUCACAAACAUCACAACUCAACACACUGGAAAUUUUACACUACAUAUCAUCAUCAAAGGGAAGAUCACAAACAAGACAUUCAACAUUAAUGUGUCUGGGGAUAAGGUGAAGACAGAGAUGAUGGGAGAUUCUGUCAUUAUAGUCAAUAAUGUUAUCAAGAAACCAGGAGAUGAGAUGAUGAUGUGGAGGAUUCGACACAACAACUCUCCUGUAGCUGAAAUGAAUGAUACGGUCUUAACUUAUAAUGUUAAUGGUGAGAGAUUUAGAGACAGACUGCAGGUGGAUUAUCAGACUGGAGAUCUCACCAUCACAAACAUCACAACUGAAGACUCUGGAUCUUAUGAAGUAGAUAUAACUGUUGGCAACAACUCGUAUACUAUACACAGAUCAUUCAGUGUUAAAGGUGAGUAG